AUGCCAGGAAGUGAGCAGUCUACAGGAAGUAGCUAGAGUUAAAUCUUUAUCCUCAAUACACCUACGAAGGAUCGUCAUCAAUAACACGGGCACAGAGCUAAUUAUUGGAGCAGCCAACUUUACUCUUCCCAUUUGGUGGGUAUCAAUCUGCAUGUGAAACGCUUAGAGCUCCGCAAUGGCGCCUUUGCCAAUCUCCCUGGUCUGUGGUGGAUCAAUAUGAAUGACUGUGGCUUGGAACAACUGGAGAAGUCAUAUUUUCCCAUUCAUCCGGAGAUGCACGAGAUCCGAGUCAGCCACAAUAAGCUUAAAUUUAUCUCAAUAGAUUUUUUUGAGAAUCUUUUCAAAUUGGUUAUUGUUCAUUUGGAUCAUAAUUCUCUGACUCAUCUGGAGUUGCCGCACAUGAAAAGUCUGAGAGAACUUUACCUUGGACAUAAUAAAUUGGCCGAUUUCAACUUUAGUGAUUGUCCACGCUUGGAAAUACUAUACCUCAACGACAAUCAACUCACACAGCUGGAUUCCACUUCUUUCCAACAAUUACCCGAAUUAUUGGAGCUGCAGCUGAGUGGAAAUUUGAUUACUGAGAUUGGCGCGGAUUCCUUCCAGUCACUGAUAAAACUGCGCACUCUAAAUCUCUCGAGGAAUGCAUUGACUUCACUUCCGGCAGAUGUUUUUGGCUCAUCAACUGAGCAGCAAUUCGCACUGCAACAAUUGUAUCUCUCUCACAACAACAUUAAUGUGCUCUUCGAAAACCAAUUCGAAUUGUUGGGUGGACUCCAGUUGCUGGAUUUAUCCGGCAAUAAAAUCGCCACUCUGAAGAGUGCUUACUUUUCAGGCCUGCAUUUGCAGAAGCUAAAUGUGGGUCACAAUCAAUUGGCGGAUAUAAGCAGCGAUGUUCUGGAGAGUCUAAACGGCAUCACGGAUCAGCUUAUUAACAACAAUCAAACGACUUUUCUGCACAAAUUGAAUUAGACGAUUCCCCAUUUGAGGGAUGAUCGACGUAACGAUGCUAAGGAAGAGCUUAAGUUUUCAGAUGAGGUCGUCUAAUGAUUA